AUGACUGAAUCCACAAGCUCUACCGGGCCUAUCAGAGAAGGUCUUGGGGAUGUUCUCUUCGAUCCAAAGGAAAAUGGUAAAGUAGAUAUUGUCUUCGUUCAUGGCCUUUCUGGAGAUAGAGUCGACACAUGGACAUACAAACAAGAUGACAUCUCCCAGUUCUGGCCCAAGACUCUCCUACCCACGGAUUGUCCCACGGCACGAAUUGUGUCCUUUGGAUAUAACUCGGACUUUGCAUAUUUCUUCCCACCCGAUAAUGCGAAGGGCAUUUCGACUGACUUGACAAUCGAUAACUACUCGUCAUCUUUACUGCAUGCUCUAGUCGGGUUGCGAGGCAAGACCAACACAACCGAUCGUCCCAUCAUCUUCGUCGCACACAGCUUAGGCGGCCUCGUCGUAGCCAAUGCCCUCUCCCGACCACACGGCACCGACGAAGCCGCCAAAGAAAUCGCCGACAGAACCAUUGGAACCCUCUUCCUUGGAACCCCAUUCCACGGCUCCGCUAAAGCGAAAUAUGGUCGUUUCGCCGCAGACAUAUUGUCCUACUUCAAAACCACAGCUAGUCAAAACAUCCACGAUCUUGAAGAAAGUUCCGCCAAGCUGAUAAGUAUCAACAACACUUUUGCAAAGUUUCUGAAAGAGCGGGAUCGUUCGCGAACCAAGCCCUUCCUCGAAGUGGCCUGUUUCUUUGAAGACGAGUCGUUGUAUAGAGGCCGGAUCAAGAUUGGGAAGAUUGUGACCAAGGAGUCUGCGAGCUGGCUGGGCGUUGAUGCUCUCUCAAUCUCGAAGGAUCAUAUUGCCAUGUGCAAAUUUCGUGAUGAGGAUAGUGCGGAUUAUAAGAAUGUUGUGGGGAAGUUGUGUCAGUGGAUUAAGGAAAUGGAUAAGGCUCAGAGUUUGACCAGUGGAGGGGUUAGGGGAUUGGAUGCACAGAGCAUUGUUAUAACUCAAGGCAAUGUCGACAAUCGCGGUAUUACAAACCAUGGGGGCACUGUUCUGGGUAAUGUUAGUGGUACCGCCAAGGAUGCUAACAAGAUUAUGGGAUCUGUUACUUAUAAUGGUAUCAGACCUGGAGUACCUGGGGAACCAAUUAUUUAA